AGGCGUGGUUUAGUUUGCGUUAGAUAGAUCUUUUUUUUGUCGGCGGUGGAUCAGUGAGUGGUGAGUCGAGAAAGCAGUUUAAAGAUGACAUCAACUGGUGGUGGCUUCACAAGUGGCUUUAGAACGAUAAAGAGCGGCUAUCUUAACAAGAGAUGCAGAUGGUCCUGGAGGCCUAGAUAUGUGGAGCUGAUAUCAAAUCCUAAAGACAUGACUGGCCCACAUUUUCGCUGUCUUUUACUCAUAUAUGAUCAUUCCUCUCGAUACGUGAAGAACAAGAUUCGUGUUGACGACAUAGUAACCGUGCGAUCAGGAAAAACCUUCUCCUUUCAAAUUUACCUUAACAAUGGGAUGUUUCUUUUCUUCAGAACGGGAUCACUCGAUAAUCAAUCAGCCUGGAUGGCUGAUCUUAAAAUGGCCCUUGGAAAAGUAACAUCCCAGUUCCAUGUCAGAGUACAUGUAGCUGCACCAUCAUCCUGCAAGGCACUAGUACUAGACCAUGCUCUCCUCUACUGCAUUGGAGUCAACUUACCGACCCACCACUCUGGCCAGCUGGAUAGAGUCCUUGUACUAGCCUCACCAGUCACCGAUGUCAACUUACACGCUUGGAACUUGAGCCGAGUCAAACGCUUAAUUGUAAUGGAAAUUGGAAUACAAAUGGAACUGUGUUCAAAUUGUAGCGGGUGUCACGAGAAGAAGGUUGUCAUGUUUCUGUUGCCGUCUGAUCUCAUAGAGGACUGUAUGAACUUCUUACUCCAUGAGAUGCAGGCGACAGAUGUGCAGCCUCAGCGAUCGAUACCCAAUGACCCAAUUAUCUAUGUCCUCCCUCACCAGUGUGGAGGGGCUCGCUCCGGCUCAUUCUCUUUCCCCCAGCACCAACAACAGCAGCAGAGGCAGCAGGAGUCGUAUGACUCUGCAAUACUGCAUGCUCUCAAUAGCCACCCAGCUCCCAAUUCACCUUUGCCAGCUGAAUCACCUAAAAAAGACCCUCCGGCAGUGACACCCAACCCUGCCCUACCUCCUCGUAACCAGCUCCGUCCAAACUACCAGGAGUACAUUGAUAGAGGGGUUGAGCUCAAGCCUCGUCAUGUCAGUAGUAGUAGGCCCCAUGUACCUGCUCGUUAUAGACAUGAUCAUUUUGAAGUCCCAUACCACAUCAGCCAGCGUAUAUACAUCAAUGAUACUGGGACCAUUAGACACGAGUCUCAAGUGCUGGGGAGUGGUAGUGGAGAGUUCAGGGCCAACAAUGGCUCACCCUCUCAACCCCCUCGGGUCAUAGUAACGGAGAGCAGUAAAGAGACAGGCUACAAUCCAGUGUACAUAUCAAGUGAUGAUAUUCACCCAGGGCCCACCCCAGCAGGACGUCCAGGGACUACUGGACCAAACAGACCAAUCAGACCUGAAUUUAUCGGAAGAAGACGACCAAUGCUUCCUCCCAGAUCGUCUGAUAUUUCGGAAGAUAUUGAUCCUCCUCCUCCUCCUCGCUCUUCUCCUCUUUCUAGUCGAACUCCUCCUCCUCCUACUUCAACUUCACCUCGGUCUUCCCCUUCUCCACCUCUCACUCCUCCUCUUCCUGCCCGACUGCCUCCUUCCCCUCCUCCUUCAUAUUCUCAAGAUGAUCCUAGUGACACAGGAACAGGAUACGUCAAUGUAGAGGAUACCACUCGCUGCACUUCAGCUCUCUCGCUGUGCACUGAUGAUAUAACUAAUGCAGAUUUUGCUCUAAUGACAAAAGUGACAUUUAAAAACAUCAUCCCUUCCCUUCCCCCGAGAUCCAACAAGCAGCCUGUCCCUACACCAAGGAAGCAACAGAAUUCGCAUAAAACUCAAAAUACUCCGUCAAACUCGGUUGUAAGUACCCAGCAGUCGUCAUCGUCUGAGUACUCGUACGCCACUGCACCUUUUUAUGGGCUUGGCAUUGGAGGUUAUUCCAGUGUUGUCCACCAUACUGAUCUGAGGCUUGAGAGACCAAGGUCUCAGAGCUCUGGUAGCUUGUGUUUGAACCAAUUGUACGAUAGGACUAUGCAUCACGGACAAGUCAGUAAUGAGUGUUAACGGAACUAUAUCAUUGUGUUUGAAAUAUAUAUGUGCUGUGUUUUGUACUAUUCGUCGUGUGAAAAACUUCACAAUAAUAAUAAUAAUAAUAAUAAUGAUAAUAAUAAUAAUAAUAAUAAUAAU